UCCAUCAUGGACAAAACGAACAAUGCUAUAGUCUUAUUACAUAUAUGCUCUCAACCUUCUCUGUGACUCUUAUAUUUUUUUAACGCUGUGUUUCGCAUAGUAAUCGUGUGCAGAAUUAUACGUCACAAAAAUUGAAGAAUUGAUAGUAGAGGAAACUUUGGUUCUUUAUCAGUUUUUCUUUCGACGAACGUGUUGCUUCGAAUAUGGUUUAUGUAACUGGCGAUGGUGAUGUGGUAAAAUCUACACCAUGGGGAUUAAGGAGAGUUCUUGGAUUUUUUACAGGAAUAAUUUAUAUGAUUAUCAUGUUUUUUCAGACGUUAAUCAAUCCUGGCAUGAAUGAAUCAGGUCAAAAUUCAAGGGAUUAUCGUCCAGGUUCUGGGCCACGUCUUUCAACACGUAGACUUGGUAGACCAAACACAGGAAACAAUGUUGACAUUCCAUUUUUUGGAGGUUGUAGCAGUUGUGCAAGAUGAAAAAAUUAAAACAAGAAAUAUUUUAUUUUUUAUAUAUUUAUGUUAAUAUGAGCGCACGAGAUACAUAGUUGACUUUGUUAUAUACAUUUUAAUAUUAGAAAAAACGAGUAUAACUAGUAUUGAAAUUGAUAUAAUUCAGAGAUGAAUAAUUAUAUUUGUAUCAAUUUAUCUAGUAUUUUUUGUUAUGAUAAGAAUUUGUGGAUAUAUUUAAUGUCUAAAAUUAUGAUUAUAAUUCAUUACAUUUUUGUGGUUUUUAUAAAAUAUUAAUUUCAUAAGCAUCGUAAUAUAU